UUUGCCGAUUCACCUUGACCCAUGAUCUUCUGUCUCUGCGAUCUCUCUGGACAGAAGCAUACGAUAAGAUCGAGAAAUGGAAAAUAUGUCAGUUUGUCAGAUACAAUCAUGGUGAAUGUGAGUAUUUUUGUGCUGUUCUGCAUCUUCGGAGCAGCUUUUGCUGGGAGAUCAUUCUGGAGAGGAAGAAGUUUGGAUGACUUUCACGGGGAUAACCUCUAUUUAAAACAGGGUGAAACUCUGCCAUCUGAAGAGUGGUUCGUCCAGCAAACAGAUCCCUACGAUCCAUCUGAUAAUAAAACCUUCAAUCAGCGAUACUACAGCAGCUCAGAGUUCUUUAAAGCAAAAGAUGGCCCAGUUUUUCUUCUCAUUGGCGGAUCGGGUGCAGCUUCCCCCAGAUGGAUGGUCGAGGGUGCUUGGCUGAGAUAUGCUACAGAGUUUGGAGCCUUAUGCAUUUAUAUCGAACAGCGUUUCUACGGCAAAAGUCAUGCUACAACAACUACAACCAUCCGUCAGUUGCCCAUAUUCUCCUCUGAAAUUGCUCUCACUGAUCUUGGCUUAUUCAUUGCGAGUAUGCAGAAGAAAUACAAUCUUACGGAAAAGAACCGCUGGAUUGUAUUUGGAGGAGGGUAUGCAGGUUCAAUGGCAGCUUGGAUGCGAGUUAAAUUCUCCCAUUUGGUUCAUGGAGCAGUUAGUUCAAGCAGCCCAAUCUUGAGUAAGAUGGACUUCCGUGAAUACUACGCUGUGGUAGCCGAUAACAUUUUGGAUUGCCGUGUGAGUGUUCAGGAAGCCUUUAGCGAAUUUGAGCGCCAAUUGCAGUCCAGUUCGGGGAAGACUUCUUUAGUGGAGCAGUUUCGGCUCUGUGAUCCUUUGGAAGAUUCCAAUAACCUGGAUACGUCGAACUUGUUUGAAAACUUGGCUAGUAUCUUCGCAAGAGUGGUGCAGUAUAGCCGUACCCCUUAUGCUAAGCACAGCGUCAAAGAGGUCUGUGGUAUUAUGACGGAUGAAGAACAUGGAUCACCAUUGGAUAGAUUGGCAAGGCUUCACAGGAUGUUCUUGGAAGAGGAUGGGGAUACUUGCUUGGACUACAAAUAUGACAAAAUGAUACAGUAUCUUCAGGGAGAAACAUGGGAUUCACCAUCAUUGCAAGAUGGAAAUCGGCAGUGGUUCUUCCAGCUCUGCAGAGAAUUCGGCUUCUUCCAGACCUCUAACAAUGCUUCACAUGUCUUUGGAAAUCAUUUUGAUUUAGACUAUUUCCUGAAACAAUGCACUGAUGUCUUUGGGGAAAAACUAAGCCGAGUUAAUCUUGAAAAAAAUGUUUACAACGACUAUGUUAUUUAUGGCGGUCCGAAUAUCAAGGCUUCAAAUACGAUUUACAUUUACGGAAGCAGUGAUCCAUGGCAUCCUCUUGGUUUAACUGAAACCAACUUUGCAGGAGCCCAAACCAUCUUUAUCCGGGGUACUGGUCAUUGCGCCGAUAUGUACGAGCCUAAGGAUGAUGACCUGCCCGAACUUAAAAAAGCUCGUUCUCAAAUUCGUGAAUUCAUUGCUGAACUUUUAAACCAGAAUUAACUAUUCAAUCGACUUUGAUUGCUUUUUGAUUCACUUCAUAUUAUACUAUUGCACAUUUGAAUUUAAAAAGAAAAUGUUAUUCAAUAAAGUAAAUUGAAGCAUG